CCUGUGGCAGGGUUAGCCUUAUUGUCUGAAUACAGGUGGGAAAAAAAAACUGUGGAAGGGGAGGUAGUUUCUUACACGGCAAAGUUGGACGACACGUCAGUCGAAACCAUUUCUAAAUCCUCUUCUGACCAUGGCCACUGGUACGCACGAGAAUGUAAAGAAAUAUUACAGUUCUCUGGAUACUGGAGAAGAUUUGCAGACCAGUGCUGCUUGCCCUGUACCCUCUCGCCUGGUCUUGCGAGAGAGUGCCCGUGAAGCCCUUCAACAAGUCCAUCCAGAUGUUUGCAAGAGGUUCUUUGGUUGUGGCGUGGUGAUUCCAGAGAAGUUGAAGGGGUGUUCAGUUCUGGAUUUGGGAAGUGGAUCAGGCAGGGACUGCUACAUUCUCAGCAAAUUGGUUGGAGAAGAUGGUCAUGUCACUGGUGUUGACAUGACAGAGGAGCUGGUACAAGCAUCAAGGAAAUAUAUCCAGUACCACCAGGAGAAGUUUGGUUAUGCCAGGCCAAACACUGUCUUUGUUGAAGGAUACAUGGAGAAGCUCAGUGAAGCAGGAAUCCAGAACAGCUCAGUGGAUGUGAUUGUAUCAAAUUGUGUGAUAUGCUUGUGUCCAGACAAGAGAGCUGUUCUAAGUGAAGCUUACAAGGUGCUGAAGGAAGGUGGUGAACUUUACUUCAGUGACAUGUAUGCAAGCAAGGUGGUUCCAGACUCUUUCAAAGAGGAUCCAGUUCUUUGGGGUGAAGGAAUGGCUGGCGCCCUCUACUGGCAAGACCUCAUCUCCAUUGUGAAGGAACUGGGCUUCAGUGCGCCUCGCCUGGUGGCAGCUAGCCAUAUUCAAGUCCACAGCCCGGAGCUCCAAAUGAAAGCAGGUGAUAUUAAAUACGCAUCUGGGACCUACCGUAUCUUCAAACUGCCCCAGCACUCCAUUCAGACAAAAGCACUUAUCACAUACAAAGGGACUGUGCCAGACUGCGCCGAGUGUUUUGAGUUUGAUGCGUCAUACUCCUUUAAGAUGAAUGUAGCAGUGGAGGUGGAUGCUGAAAUUGCUGCCAUCCUCAAGUACACACGAUUCUCCUCAGACUUUGUUGUGCAGAUGACAGACGAGCCUGAUCCUGGUCUCAGCUCUGCUGAACAGGAUUGCCACCUGAGCCCGUUCUGGCUGGCAGAUAAACUGGGCUCCUGUGUGAAGCAGUGCUCAAAGACAGGCAAAGCGGGCGUCUGUGGCAGUGAGACAGCCAGUGGGAACUAAUGUGGGAACGCAAACCUUGGGGGACAGUGUUUCUGCUCUGCACCUUUAGACAGCCUAAAGCAAUACAAAGCAGCUCACUGGGCCUGUGAGUUCUUCAGGUUUGCCUAUGUGUCUUCUCCCUCACUUUCUUUUUGAAACCAAACCAACAGGCUUUGGCCCUCAUCGCUUUUGUCUAGAGCUUUUGUUAUUUGAAAGCGCUCUCAUGAAAUUUUUUAAAGUAUGCUGAAUAAAUUGUUGUAUGAACUUACUUUAAUUAUGCCAGAUAUUUACAAGCAAUCAAACAGAAUAUACAAACUUUGUUGUUGUAGUUGCAGUUAAUGUUGACAUUAUUGUCUGUGAAAAAUACCUGAAGUGCACUAAAUGGACAGCGUUAGUUUUCUCAUCGGUAAUGCGGGGUACUGUAAUUUUACCCGAGGAUGUCUGUAAUGUUUAUGAGCAGUCAGCAUGACAUGAGAAAUCUUGGUAUAUGGCAGAGAUGCAAGUGGCUUCUUCAUUUACCCAGUGCCUUCACUCCAAAAGAGCAGAAAACCUGUCAGAACAUUUAAUUAAACCAUUUUUGUCUUAAUUAAAUACAGUGAAGCAUUAGCACUGACAUUAAUUUGGGAAUUUACAGAAAAUGAUCAAUAUCACUGCUUAAAAUCAGUUUUUUUAAAAAACAAUUUAAUGCUUUCAUGUUUGGACUCAUACACUCGAUAGGACAAAACAUAUUGACUUGGUCUGAGCAGAGAAUAUAAAUAAAUGCUUUUUUGAGCGCCUCCAUAUUUAAGAAAGACAGCAAAAACUGCUUUAUCACAUAAUAAAAUGGAUUAAUGUAAUCUGGGGUUAUUUCUAUGGUUCAUUCAUAGCUGCUAAAAAGCCACAUAAAAAUGACAAACAUGGCAGGUUCAGAUGGGACCAAAACCAGCGAGAAGUUUUCUCCUUAUGGAAAAUGAAUCUUGUGUGAAUAAUACUUAAGAAAGAGUGAUCAUGAUGGUUAUGGCAACCAUUAAAGCAGUGGUGCUCAGGCCUGUUGUUCCCACAUGUCCUUGAAAACCUGGAUGUGUAUGGACUAGCUUUCCAGUCAUGAAAAAUAAAAAAAUUGAUAAAAUGUCCUGGAAAUAUUAAUGAAGUCCUGGAAAAGUGUCAAGUUGGGCCAUUAAACCAAAAAAUUGCAUAUUUCAGCAGAUUUUAGCUGCUAUUGCCCAGUUUGAGAGUCCAUUCAUACCCAUUUUGUAAUGCUACGUUGUUGCAUGUGGAUAGAUAAGUAAACGCUGUGUUCGAACAUCUGGUAGAGCAAGGCUACAUUAACACACAGCAGCUUCUUUCAGUGUGUAACACCCACUUUUAAGUAAGGGAUCAUCAGUGGUCAGUAUUAUUUACUUUAAUGUUAAAAAUGUUGGUCGUUGUGCUUCAUUUUAAGAUGACUUUUCUUGUGCAAUAGCAAUUGUGUAUGUAAGGCGUUGUCCUACAAAAGUCCUGGAAGAGCAUUUCCCUGUUUAACCUCAUGAAGGGUUUUAUAAUGAGCUGAUGAUUUGGUUUAGGUGUUUUAGGGCAUGAAAACACUGAUAAACACUGAUCUAAAAGAUGUAUAGCACUUUUCCACUGGGCAGUGCAGUACAGCACCGUAUGGAUACUAAUCCAAAUACACAACUAGCUUUACUCUGGUCAAAUACCUGUGAACAUUUACUAUUGCAGAGCAACCAUCUGUAACUCUACAUUUGUCCUUGUUCAUGACGCUUAGCACCCUGUCAAGAAAACAGUUGGCUCAGUUUUGCUUGGUAACAGCAAAGCGGUGAAAAUGACAACAAAAUGUGUGAUUACAGAUUUACAGCAUACGGUUCUGCACUGUUUGGUGAAAAAGUGCUUUUAGAGAACAUAUUAAUGACAGUUCAUAUUAUUGUCCCUAGAUGGCAAUAAAGUCCUGAAAUUGAAGAUUUUCUUUUUAAUGAAUUUGUUUUACCAUUCAGUCUCUUGUUGGUGUAAUAACGGCUGACGUAAUGAUUAUUGUAUUCUUACAAUGCCAUGAAGUGUGCAGUCAAUUUGAUAAUUAUACAGACCAAUUAUGUAUCUGACACACUGAUUUACUAAAUAGGCAGCGGAGCAAUCUGUACAGUCAGUGGGCAUUUUGUAAAACUCACCAUUUACCGAAAUCAUUAGAGACGAUGUUCACUAGAAAAUAACGCAUAUAUGUCUUAUACUGCUUUGUACAAUAACAAUGCGACACUAACAAUGACAAUGAAUAAACAUGUAUGCAAAAAAAAGAGUCUUCAAAAUGAACCUAGUAAUGUUUUAAAGGUUAGCAAAUACUUUCACAUUUUUAAAACUGAAUGUGUAACUCAAGCUUCUAGCGAUUUGACCUUUGAAACAAGUUCACUUAACAAAAAAGAAAGAAUGCAGUUCAUUUCUAAAAUGCACAAAAAUACAUAUUUCUGUUAAUAAUA